GUUUGGACAGUCGACUUUCAUGUCUCUGUUAGAGUUCACUGGGAGCCGGAGGACAACGAAGGGAGACAAACACUCUGGUUAAAGGAGGACAAAAGAGGACGGAGACAAAAGAAGACAUCGCCAUGACAACUGAAUACCAUGACGACGUCGAGGACGACAGCAACUCCUUCUGGAACAAAGAACCUCGUCCAGGUAUGUCCAGUCUGUCCAGCGUGUCCAGGUUGAGGCGCUGGUUGGUUCCUGCCCUGACGGCGACAGUCAUCCUGGUUCUGGUCAUAGCUCUGGGAGCCUCCAACACGAAUACGGGGAACCGGCUCUGGUCCCUGGAGACAAGAGUGUCCAACAUGUCCGUAACACUGGUCACCACCCAGCAGAACACUAAAGAUGCAGCUAAAGAAGUUCAGCGGUUGAAGUUUGCUGUGGAGAGCAACAAGGAUCAGCUGACCUCAGUGUCGGAGGCCCUGAAGCAGCUCUCAGCUCUGGACUCCAUCAGUCGGGCGGUGGAGGCUUUAAAAUGUUCCGUGGAGCGGAUCAUGAAGAACGACACCAUGGUGGAUGGCUGCUGUCCUCUGGGUUGGGACGCGUUUCGUUCAAGCUGUUAUUUCUUCAGUAAGACACCUUCGUCCUGGUACGAUGCCAGAGACUAUUGCAAUGGACACGAGUCUCACCUGGUCAUCAUAAUCACUGACGAGGAGUGGGACUUUGUGACCCAACGUUCCAUGGGGACGUUCUUCUGGGUGGGGCUGACGGACGAGAGGACGGGGAAGUGGGAGUGGGUCAACCAGACGCCAUACGUCAUGAACCGGAGGCGCUGGAAACCAGGACAACCAGACAGCUGGACGGGUCACGGUCUCGGUGCCGGAGACGAGGACUGCGCUCACCUUCACAGUGACGGACGUCUCAACGACCUGCACUGCUCCCCAGGCUGCGCUACAUCUGCCAGAAACACAGCCAGCGCACCUGAACGCACCUCAGCGACGCACCUGAACGCACCAUGUCCUCAGACCACGGCCCUGGCACCGUGGUGACGUGUGGUUAAAGACAGGGGGCGCUCUACGUUGUAAUUUCUCCAAAUAAAGCACCUGCUAUGA